CUCUGACCUUUUUUUUUCUUACAGGAAGUGAUGACGAGUACAGCGACGACGACGACAUGAGCUGGAAGGUUCGCCGUGCGGCCGCCAAGUGUCUGGACGCUGUGGUCAGCACACGCCACGAGAUGCUGCCGGAGUUCUACCGGACCGUGUCGCCCGCGCUCAUCGCCCGCUUCAAGGAGCGGGAGGAGAACGUGAAGGCUGACGUGUUCCAUGCCUACCUGUCGUUGCUGAAGCAGACACGUCCUGCUCAGAGCUGGCUGUGUGACCCAGAUGCCAUGGAACAGGGAGAGACUCCACUCACCAUGCUGCAGAACCAG